GCAGCCGCCGCCGCACCGCCAUGGGCCCCAAGGGGCUCAGGUCCGGCCGGGAGUCGCUGGUGCCCGGGCUGUCGAGCUGGGAGCCCGCGCUGGUGUCCGCCCGCCUCGAGGAGGAUGGCUGGAAGCCUAGCAUCGCUUUUGUUGUUGGGACCAAGACUGAGGAUGAAAUCCACACCCAGGCCCUCUCUCUUGCUGUGCAGGUGCCACUGCGAAAGCUCUUCAGUGUGGUAACACGUGAAGACAUUUUCCGACAGAUCGCAGAAUAUGGGGGUCAAAAGGCAAAAAAGGCUAAGGAUGUGCCUAUGUACUAUGAGGUGAUAGAAUUAGCCAAAGCCUUUCUGGACAGGGGUGCAGAAAUUCCUGUAACACUAACUGGAAAGCUGUUGAAAUUUCAGUUGCUUUGUCUCAAACAGAAGGAUCUUCAGAGAAGAGAAGAGGAAAAGAAGGCAGAACAGCAGCAAAAAGAAAAAGAGAAAGAGAAAGAGAAAGAGAAAGCUAAACCUCCUGAUAAGACACCUGGAAAAGAUAGUAAAGGAAAAAAGACAACGGCACCACCCCCCAUUAAAAAGGACACCAAAUUGAAACAACGGGGAGAAAUGGAAGUGAAAGACAAAUACAUUGAUGAUGAACCAGAUGAUGGUGCUCAUCAUUACUUUAUAAUUCUGGGUUUCCCCAAUCUUCAGUUGUUGCCUGUGUUGGCUGACCUUGGGGUUAACAUUUCAAGUGUAAUUCAAAUUUCUUCUGAGAAUUACAAGCCAUUGCAGAUAUACUUGGAAGGAACUAAAGCUGAAGGACAAUUUCCAAUUUCAUCUGAAGAUGUAGAAGCAGAGAAAAGAAAGGAAGAUGAAGCUAGCAAAGACCUGGAAACAUUUUGGAAAUACCUGGAGCCAGUUCUGAACAGUGGAAAGCAUGGAUCAAGUCUCUUUGAUGUUGCCAGGUUUCAUCACCUAGUUAAGGAAAGUGACUUUCCCUCUGAUUGGUCAGACAGCAAAAUGCUGCUUGCAUUUGGUACUGUGCUGUUUGAACACAUUGCUUGUUUGAUGUAUGACUGCCUGGACUGGAGAAGACAGCAUUGCAACUACUUGGAAAACACCAAGUUUAUCAAUGUGCCUAUGUUACCAGAGAGGAAAGCAACACAACUACCUGCAAUUGAGAAACAACCGGCACCUACAAAGAUGACACCUACAAAGACGACACCUACAAAGAUAAAAGGGAAACCAGAAGGAAUCCUGCACACAGUAAUUUUGUCAGAGGCAGAUGAAGAAACUUCUAUUCUGUCUCUUUCUGUAGACAUGAGGUAUUACAAUGACUUGCUGAGUCAGAUUCCUGAUGAGUACAUUUCUGUACCCUUAAUGCUGAGCUGCAUGUUGGAACAGGUUAUUGCAAGUGAAGAAGACCUUACACCACCGAGUCUGGUGUCACCAAAGUCUCAUGCAGAUGGGCUACGUCGUGCCAUUGCAGAUCAUAUAAUCUCUGUCCUUCCUUCUCUUUCACUUCCUAUGAGUGAAAAAAAGGAUCUAUACGAGUACUUUUCUCCUAAAUACGGUGAACAGGAGACUGUCAUCCCCCAGUACCCUCUCUUAUUUAACUACCAUGAUCGCCUGGCUCAGCGGUUGCACCUGCUGAAGGUCCAGAAGAACUUAAAUCCAGAAAAGAUUGAGCAUGAAAUGAUGGAUAAACUGCCUCUUACAGAACUUAUCCAUUUCACCCCUCCUACAACUGAAAACAGCACUAAACGCUUGGCCAGACUUCACGAGCUCAUGCAUUAUUGUACUAGUGAACUUCUGAGUUGGGCUGAAGUAGAAAGAGCCUUCAGAGUGUUUACUUUUGAAAGCCUGAAGCUGACUGAGCUGAGUGACUCUGGUUUCCUGGAGAGCUCUGGAUCUAGAGUUGGAGGUGAUUCUGAAGUGUCUUAUAUCCCUUGGGAUAAUCCAGCCAUGUUUGCAAGACAGCUGAGACAACUCUUCCUUAUGGAAAGGAAGCUUAAUGAGAAAUCUCCAAGAGGCUCUGAGUAUUCAGAAAUAAGUGACGAAGAUGAAGAAGAUGAGGAAGAUGUUGUGGUUGAUCCUCUUUUGAAUGAAGAAUUGGAUCUUCUUGCUUCUGAUAUGGUGAGUCCGGAAACCUAUGGCCUAGAACAAAGUUUAGAAGCAAUAAAAAAGACACAGAGGCGUUGCUUGACAGACUGGAGUCUGGAAGAGCAUUUUCAACCACAUGUUCUUCGUCAGGUUCUUCAUACAGCAUCCCAAGAAUAUAGAUGCAUUGAUUCCUUCUAUCAUGCCCAAGAUAACUCUUUACUAAUGAUUUUUCACAAUCCUAUGAAUCAAUAUCGUCUGUGCCAAGAUACUUGGGAUAUUGCCCUGCACUCUAAUGUUGGAUUCAGGAGCUAUCUUGAGGUGGUGGCCAACUCAAUUAAAGACUGGGUGAAAGAGGAAGAAGCAAAAUACCAAAAAGAGAAGAUGGGCAGCACAUCCGGACCUGAGAAUGUAACAGAGUCUCAAUCCAAGAAUGAAGGAUGUCCCAUUAUCAGAGAAGGUUCUCUAAAGGCUUGGAAGAUGGAGCAGGACCGAUUACGAGAGGAAGAAGGGAAACAAAAGGAAGAAAAACAACAAAUGGAAGAAUAUUUGAAAAGUCAAAAGAAAAGACAGGAGAUAAAAGAUAAAGAAAGUAAAGAUUCCAGCAAAAAGCCUUCCGAAGAGAAGUCUCAAAAUGAGUCAGCAAAAGCCUCUGAACUUGAGGAGGAUCAUAGCAUUCCAGACCCAUGUUCUGGGAAAGUUUAUAAGUUUCAUGGCUACAAUACAGGGGACAAUGUCAUUCAAGUAUCAGGAACCAAUCAAUACCUUUUCCCAUCCGAUGGAGGACAGAUUCAAGUAGAGAAGAUAGAGUUUGUAAAAAGUCCAACUUUGAUAAAGGUGAAAGUAAUAAAAGACAACCACAAUUUCUUCAUUCAUAUCACUGACCCCAAGAAAAACUUUAAAGAAGCUGAAGAACAAGAAAUUAAUGAAGAACAGCAAAUUAGAUCAGGAGAAUUGAAAAAUCAGAAGAAAGCUGUGAGCAAGUUUGGAUCUUUUUCAGCCACCUUGGAAAAUGGAAUCCAGCUGUCCCUGAGCUAUUAUGGACCUACAGGGGAGGCAGCAGGUAAUGAAACAUGUCCUGUCUUAGCAAGAAUUCUGAGCAUCCCUUCUGUUCAUCUUCCAACCAUAAUUCCGACAACAGUUACUCCUAUUACACCAGCUCCAGGAAAAAAAGAUAAGUCUGACAGAAAAAGAUCAGGAAAAGCUCUGCCUUCUGCCAAAGAAAACCGUGGCAAAUUAGCCUCUUCAUCACCUGAUGACCUGGUAAAGCAAGAAGAAGAAAAGAUGGAAAUGGAAGAACCAGUUUCCCAAACACAAGAGAUGUCAGAUGCUCCUGCUUUUCCGAGUUUGAAUGUCUCGUGUCCCAAUGGACUUGUAUUAACUUUCCUUGGUGAAAGUUUUGGAGAUUCGAAAGGCGGAGCCACUAGCACUGAAGCAGAGAAAGAAGUGGAGAAAGAGGAAAGUGAGGUCAAAGCAGAUGGAGAGGAGGAAGAGGUUAUGGAAAGUGGAGAGAAGGAAGAGGUUGUGGAAAGUGGAGAGGGGGAACAUCAGGUUACAGAAGAUGAAAUAAAGCAUGAAGACACCGAAAGCAAACAGGCUGAGCAGCCUACUCUGGAAAUUCUGGUUAGACAGAGUUAUCCCCAAAAGGUAAAGAACUGUCAUCUUUAUACACCUCCGGCGAGGCAAACAGAACAAGAGAUGUCAAGAGUCAUCACUAGUCAAGGAACUGUCAUAAAGUACCUGAUGGAUGGAUCUACCCAGAUUCUGUUUGCUGAUGGCACAGUGAGUAGGAGUCCUGAUUCUGGUCCGGUCCUACCACCACCUACAAUUCCAGGUGACAUACAAUCCUUAUCAGAAUUAGAGCUUUUAUCUGAGACCAGCACUAGCAAAGGAAAACGCAGGGACAAGAGCAUUCUAUCACACUCGCUCAAGGAUGAGGAGUUUGAAAAGGCCAAUUCUAAGCAAUCUAAGGCAGGAACUUGGAUAACAACAACUCCUUUAGGCAUUCAAGUGGGCACUGAGGGUGCAACAAGAAUGGAUCUGAAGCCACUGCUCAUGUAUCAGGCCACAGACCCAGCUGAUGGAACGAUUAUGACUGUACGAGAAGAUGAGGUGAUAAUUGUUGAGAAGCCGAAGGGCAGAAGAGUAGUAGAGCAUGCUGAUGGUACCAGGAUCACAACUGUUUUUGAAAUAUGUGAACACCAUUCUGUACCAGAGGGUAGUGUGGAAACAGAAGUCAUCACAAAGAAGGUCAAAGGCACACGAGUAGAGAAUCCUGAGUUUGCUACUGUUAUAACAAAUUGUGAGGAUGGUACCUGUUGUACUGUCUUUGGAGAUGGGACAUCUAUUCUAGCAAAGCCACAGGGAACAUAUCAGGUUUCACCCAAAAAGGGAGGCUUUCUUUUCAUUGAUGAAGAUUGCUCAGCAGUUUAUACGCAUGAAGUUUAUGAUUUCAUCAGCAAGGAAGAAAAGAAACAAGCAGGGAGAUACAUUAUGAAACACACUUCCAGCACUAUUUGCGAGAUGAUGGAUCCUGAAGGAAAUAUUUUCAAGGUCAUGGUUGAUGGCAGCACAGAUGUGUGCAUUCCCAGCAUUGGCUCUGGUGGCAAGGAGGAGAGAAGUUCAGCAGCAGAUGAAGUUAACAAACUUAUCACGUAUGAUGAGCAUGCCCCCAGGUUUUUCAUCGUCUCUGCAGAUGGUUCUGGAACGGAGCUCCUGCGGAGGAAGGAUGUACUCAAGUACAUGGCUGAGGCCUGUAGUGAUCCUGCCACUGCAGUCUUGCAGGACCCUGUACAAGAACAGACAGGUAUUUUAAGUAUUACUGUUCUCUGCCCUAUGGCUGAAACAUCCCCCUGGGUAAUGAAGAAAGAACCAGAGAGUAUAGUUCCUCCAUUUCUUCAGUCAUGGACUCAGGAAGAAUCUUCUCCUCCUGAGGGGGAGAUCACAGGUCCCCCAGUUGGAACGUGUGUUUGGAAGGGUCUCUGCAUCGGAUCACCACACUUGCCAGCCUCCAUGCGAAAAUGUCCCAAAAAACUCCAAAUCCGGAGGCUAUUCCAGUACAAGCCACUCUGUGCUGAACGAAGAGAAAAGCUGCAGCUUUCCCUCAAGGAAUAUAUAGACAACAUCUUAAAGCAGGAAGAUGAGCUGGAAGAGAUGAAUGUGAAAGAACCAAGAACAGAAGAGGAAAAGGGGAGUGCUGCAAGUCUCCUAGAAAUGACUACAUCCUUCCCUGACUGGGAGAAGUCAACUGAAAAUCUCUGUGAUAGAGCCCGUGUGAGUGAGCUGUAUGAAGAGGCAGUGUUCCAGAGUCACACAGAGAAGACAAGCAUUACAAAAAGAGAGGACCAGCAGAAGGGGCCAAGUCCAGAAGGAGUAACACUAAAGUCCAAGUGGCAAAGCAAACUAGAACAGAACAGGAGAGAACUGGAUGAACAAAAGACAACAUUUAUGGCAAUAAAAAACAAAUUAUUUGCUCCAUACUUUGAAUCUGAAUUCAGCAAGGACUUUUUCCAAGAAAAGUAUCCUGAUUUGGAAACAAUGUCUAAGGAACUUCCUCCACUACAAAAAGAAGAAAGUGUGACUUCCCCUCUAGAGAUGAUAAGAGAACCCAGUGGAGCUGAAUUUCCUGAUAGCACAAGUGAUUCGUCACUUUCAUCUGGCCUUCUGCUGCAGGAUCCUUCCAAACAAAAUGAUGGUCCCAGCAGCACAACAGACCUAAACAAGGCUCCUAUAUCAGAAGAGACACCCUUUCAACGUAAAGUUCCAAGUCUGAUGGUGGAUGUUACAGGACAGACAAGAAAAGAGAAAGUAAUAUUACCAUCAUACCUUCAGGGGAAAAAACCAAACAUUAUACCAAAUAAAAAGAUAGAAGAUCCCGUCGCAGGAAAGGUCAGCAUAUCUUCUCUUGCAACAAGACAGGAUCUUACCAGCUUCCAUCUCAUCCCACCCAGAGUGACAUUUGGAGUGCUAAAGGAAGGCUGCACCUAUGCAACCACUGUAAUCAUGAAGAAUGUUGGUGUGAACUUCUCAAGAUUUCGGGUGAAGCAGCCGCCUCCAUACACAGGACUGAGAGUGAUGUACAUACCAGGACCUGUGGCAGCAGGCUUGCAGGUUGAACUGGAGAUAGAGAUUUUGGCCAUGGUAAUUGGAGGGAAGGACUCUGGUGGUCUUGAAGAAGUUUCCCAUGAUAUUGAAAUAUUAACAGAGACAGAAACUCUUCUCCUGCCUGUAAAAGCAACUGUGUUAGCCAGUGACGUUUAUGAGUGCCGCCCAGAAGGAUACCCCCAGGAGGGGAUGGCAGCAGCAGUCCAGGCAGUUCCCACAAGCCCCAAGCCACGGUUACGGAUCACACUCCCACGAAAGCCUUGAAGUUAGUGUUAGGCCCCAAGAAGAUCAACAUGAGGACCAGCAACAUUGAAAUACCUACAUUUUAGUCCAACCUUAUGGAAACAUCCCAAUGUAUUUUUUUCAUUUAUUUAAUCAGAUUAAAUGAGAAGAAAUACUUUGCCUGUUCCCUGUUAAUGGGAAAGGUGGUUCAAAAGUU